UCUUCAGCUGCAAUAUAAAUCAUGUGAAAUUCAGAAAACUAUGUAAUAAAAAUGGUAAUCGGAUAUGUGAUUAGCAAAUAAUUAAUACACUUGCCAACUCAGUCACAUCCUGUUGUUACUUUUACAUUUCUGAUGUCAUGUUCUUGAUUACAUCACAUGAAUAUGUAAAUGAACAUGCUGUGUCUGGAAUGUGCUUGUAUAAAUAUGUCCUGGCCAACACUGAGCACAUAAAAAAUAUCUGCAGACCUAUAAUGACAUCAGAAUUGACAUGCUCGAUUGCAAGGGGAGAACAACAGUAUUGAGAAAAUGAUUAGCUUUUAAUUGUGAUUUAAAUGGAUCAUAUUUGGUUAUAAUGUAAUUUCCCCAUUACUUCCACUGUUUUUGCCAAAAAAUAAGUCAUAAUUAAGUUCUUCACACCCUUUUUCCACCCUCUCUCUGACCCUUAGAAAUAAACUGUCCAUUAUAUGUUGAUAUGCAGUUUCUUUGCAGGUAUCAGAGAUAAGUUGCAGUCUGUUCAUGUUUACCAAUGAAACUGAGAAGUAUUUAAAGAGGAUGUAACGUUUUAGGUCUCUUAUCCCAGAAUAAUAUGCAGAGACUAAAUAAGCACAUUAAUGUAGACUGUAACUACAGAACCGUGUGAAGUAUGUUCCCCUAUAGAUCCUUUUCUGGAGGACCAACACACUCUUCCACCAAAAGAACAACUACAAGUGUAACAAAUUCUGACAGCUGAACUGAUGGAGUUUGUUAAAGAGGAGAGUGAAAACAUGAGUGAUCCAGAGCGAUACAGAGUGAAAAAUGAAGAUAAUGAGGAACAAAGAGACCUAAUGGACGUGAAAGAGGAAAGCCAAGAACUGAAUGAAGUGGAGGAGAGACAUCGGUAUCAGGAACCUCAAAGUUUUUUAACUGAAGGAAAAAAAAAAAUUAGUUGCCCACAGAGAGAAAAUAAUUUGUUACAAGUCAAAAAUUCUCUAACCUGCUUUCAGUGUGGAAAGAGUUUUACACGUAAAGAGAACCUUACAGUUCACAUAAGGAUUCACACUGAAGAGAAGCCUUUCACAUGCCUCCAGUGUGGAAUUAGUUUCAGACAUAAAGUAACCCUUAAUAGGCACAUAAGAAUUCACACUGGAGAGAGACCAUUUAUAUGUCCCCAGUGUGGAAAGAGUUUCACAUGUCCAAAAAGUCUCAAAUAUCAUCUGCACUCUCUGCACACUGGAGUUAAGUCAUUGAACUGUGAUCAGUGUGAUAAAAAAUUUGUUAUGGCAUCAGACCUAAAGAAACACAUGAAAGUUCAUACAAAUGAGAAGCCUUAUAUGUGUUCUUGUGGAAAGAGUUUUUCAUGGUUGAACUGUUUUAAAGAGCACCAGAAAAUGCAUGCCGGUGUGAAAUCUUAUAUGUGCUUUGAGUGUGGGAAAACCUUUACUAGGGCCAGCAGUCUCAAGAUGCACCAAAGAAUCCACACAGGAGAAAAACCUUUCAAGUGUUCACACUGUGGAAGGAGUUACACUGCUUUAGGAUCCCUCAAAACCCAUGAGCGAGUUCAUACUGGAGAGAAGCCAUAUGAGUGAAUUUCAUGUGAGAAGAGUUUCAGCCAAUCAAGUCAUCUACCAAGUCAUAAAAAAAAGCAAAGUUUUCACAGUGAGCAAAGUUCUUCACAUGCGAUACAUAGUAAGCAGAUGGUAUAAAAUUUGGAAAAAUCCAAAGAUAGUAUUUAGUGGCAUAACUAGGAUAUUAUGGGCCCUAGUGCAAAAACAGAGAAAAAAUGUUUAAGAGCCCAAGUAAUAUAAAAAAUGCACAAACAAUUUCAGUCAUUAAACACACUAUGUUUUUUUUGUUUUUUUACUCACGUUAAUGUGACACUGAGAUUGCAGCUCUGAAAUGAUGUCUAUAGAUUGGAUUGAAUUGCAUUCAGACUAUUAUGGUAAUGCUUGGAGCUAGCUCAAGCAACGCCACGUUAAGAGACAUUGUCCAAAAAAAGAUUCGUAGUAUUGAUGGAUUAUUGUGAUUGGACAGCUAAUAAUUAACGUCAGAGAAUUGCAUCAUACGGUCAUUUACAUAAACCUGGAGAUAUUAACACGAUUCGAUAAUAGAGCCCAACAGUGCCAGCCCACUUUUCAGCCGUCUGGUUUCCGGAAGUAUUUUCCCCAUUCAUUUCUGGCAUAGACUUUUUUAUAAAAUCCUUUAUAAAAGAGUUAUGAGCUAUGAACCAAACCAGUUAUCUCCGAGGAGAAUCACAACAUCACAAACUUUGUUUUGAGGCAAAAAAUUAUUUGAAAAUCAGACAUAAAGACAAAGAUACAAGGCUGUGUACUUACCGUCUUUCAUGAGGGCACAAACUACAAUUCCAUAAAGCAUUGCAAAUGAUGUACCUGAGUAAAAAAAAUGAUGGGAAUAUAUAAAACUUUAUUUUAGGUUGUUGAUUAUAAGUGUAGAAACAAUAUGUUUUACGUUUAUUGCACAUUACAAAUAUACUAUAUGUAGUUUAAGGGUGAAGGGAGACCAACUCGAUUACGUCAUUCACAGUGCAUCAUGGGAGUGGGCAUUCGUUCUGAGGCACAAAUCAAUUAGUCUAUGGGAUAAAUUAAUGGGAUUUUUACUUCCAGAACUGCACUCUCUAGAGGUCACUGUUGCCCCAAACAUUGCAAUUGUACAGCUCUUGGUAAUUUGUACUCAUGGCAGAAAAGAUCUCGCGACCCAGCAGACAAUGAUCCGUGACCCAUUUUUGAGCCACGACCCAGUGGUUGAGAAACCAUGAUAUAAAGGAUUUGAAAAUAUCUAAAUGUCUCUAAAGAUGUUUGUGCAUUUUAGAUGCUGUCAAAAUGUCUAUAUUGUGCAUUUCAGCAUCUAUCCAAAUGUGAAAACAUUUACUAGUAAAUUUUAUGUACCUACGAAUAAUAAUGAGAUCAGGCUGUAAUACCACUAAUCCAGCUAAACAUAUUGACUUAUUUAACCACAUAUUAAUUAAAUGUAAGUCUCUUAAUUAUUUUCUCACCUCAUGUCCGUGCCAUUUUCCUUUCUCCAACAAAAUUAUAUUGCACCACAUGUUAAUGCGAUAUAAGGCCUAUUUACACUUGGCCACCUAAUGCGUUUUUACUGAUCGGAUUGCUAUUCCAUUUAACACUUGGCCACAUCAAUGUGUCUCUGCCACACGGAUAUAAAUCGGAUCUUCAAUUCCUGCUCUAUAUGCAAAUAAAACAGAGUUCACUUCCAUGAUUAUGCUAAUUCUGGGCAGUGAAUUUAAAAGAUGUGCUUUAUUAUUUGAUUCCAAGUGAAUUUGCCCAGUGCGCGAGUGUCUGGGCGCACUGUGUGUUUUCCCCCUCGGGGCUUGUCGGGGUUCUCGCGAUUAGGGGUUCUCGCUCUCAAUGGGGCACGUGGUAAAUUGUGCGUGGAUCGCGGAGAGUACCAUGAGACUCCACGUGCUGUGAGUCUCUGCAGUGUCAUGCACAGCGAGCCGUGUUAUAAGAUGUGCGGAUUGACUGUCUCAGAAGCAGAGGCAACUGAGAAUUUUCCUCCACCACCCGUAUUGAGUUGAGUAACUGCCCUACCACGAGGACCUACUAAGUAGUGGGGAUUGGACAUUCCAAAUUGGGAGAAAAGGGGAUAAAAUGUUUAAAAAAAAAAAAAAAAAAACGAUUGACGGUUUCAUUGUUGCUUUAUCCUUUUCCUCCAUGCAAUUCUCUGAUGGAAAUUUUUUAAGAAAUUUCCCACGUGUCCAUAUUGGUGCUCCACAUUACACAAGAGGAAGUUUGAUGUGUUUCAAAUUCUAAAACAAUACACUGUAAAAAAAAUAAAUAAAAAUGAAUUCACCCAACAAAUGUAAAAGACAAGCAUUAAGAUUUUUUGGUAGAUGGAGUUCUACCUAAGUUUAUUAUCUUGUGUAUACUGAACAUGUCUAAACAUGAUGCUAACAAAAAUUAUUUUGAAAACAUUACUUAGAUACUCAAGUGUUUGCUUCAGAGGAACAGUGGGCACAAAUUUGAUCAAGUAUUCUGGACUUUUUGAGUGACGGAUACUAAGACAUGGAUUACUUUCAAUCUACAUAAUCUACAUAAUACUGUUGGUUACACCAACAGUAUUUUCCCAAAUGUUCUGAACAAACAGUUUCCUAUUACACAAGGUUGUUAAGGUAUGCACUGCAGUGAAAUUAUGUGGUUACUAUUAAAGGAUUGUUGUUUUAA